CUCGAUUUAUGGAGUUUCGAAGAGGAAAUUAGUUUUGAGAGUUUCUCUCCGAGGCUGUUUUGAACCAAACAAUGGGGAACUUUAGAGCAUUUCUGAGCGCACCGCUGGUCUUCUUGAUUUUCCAAUCGUAUCUGGUGUGCUGUGAUAUAACGGACGGAAACACGGAGCAUCUGAAGAGGGAGCACUCGUUAAUAAAGCCGUACCAAGGUGUCGGCAGCAGCCCCAGCAGUCAGUGGGACUUCUGGGGAAGCACGUUGGUGACGAGCUCGUACGUCCGACUCACUCCGGAUGAGAAGAGCAAGCAGGGAUCCAUCUGGAACACUGUGCCGUGCUACCUGAAGGACUGGGAGAUGCACGUGCAGUUUAAAGUUCAUGGGUCAGGAAAGAAGAACCUCCACGGCGACGGCCUCGCUGUCUGGUACACUAAGGACAGACUUCAUCCAGGCCCUGUGUUUGGAAACCAAGAUCAGUUUCUUGGCCUGGCUUUGUUUGUGGAUACCUUCCGCAAUGACCUCCAUGGGAUGGAUCGCUCCUUCCCGUUCAUCUCGGCCAUGGUGAACAACGGCUCGGUGAACUACGACCACGGCAAAGACGGCCGCUCGUCGGAGCUCGGAGGCUGCUCGGCUGAGAUCCGGAACCGAGAGCACGACACGUACCUCGCCAUCCGCUACUCCAAAGGCAGACUCACGGUGAUGAUUGAUGUGGAGGACAAGAACGAAUGGAAGGAGUGCAUCGACAUCGGAGGCGUUCGUCUUCCUACCGGAUAUUUCUUCGGUGCCUCGGCAGCUACGGGAGAUCUGUCUGGUGAGUUUACACACUUGCACACCAACGAACAACCGAAGUAGAGAAGUCAUGAUAUUCACCGCUGAAGUUCUGAAGCAGAGGUUUGUUGAGGGCCAUUGUA